AUGAAGCGAGAUAUUACGGAAUUUGUAGCAAGAUGUCCAGUGUGUCAGCAAGUUAAGCUUGAACACCAAAGGCCAUAUGGAUUUUUAAAACCCCUACCCAUACCAGAGUGGAAGUGGGAGAGGAUUACAAUGGACUUUGUGAUAUCAUAUACUGCGGCAAAAUUGGCACAAGUAUAUAUUGACAAGAUAGUCAGUUUACAUGGAAUUCCUGUGUCAAUAGUUUCAGAUAGAGGUUCAGUGUUUACCUCUAGAUUUUGGGGAAGUUUGCAAGAAGCGAUGGGAACGCGGCUAGAUUUUAGUACCGCAUUUCAUCCGCAAACUGAUGGACACUAUCAUUCCAGUAUCGAAAUGGCUCCAUAUGAGGCAUUAUAUGGUCGUAAGUGUCGAUCUCCUAUCUUAUCACCAAUGAAGGGUGUUAUUCGUUUUGGAAAGAGAGGCAAGUUAUCUCCAAGAUAUGUGGGACCAUACGAAAUUAUAGAACGCAUCGGAGCAGUAGCAUAUAAAUUAGAUCUGCCGCCAGAAAUGUCACAAGUUCAUCCGGUGUUUCACAUAUCGAUGCUGCGAAAAUAUAUCGCAGAUCCUUCUCAUGUGAUUCAACCACAAGCUGUGGAGGUUAACGAGGAACUUUCUUACGAGGAACAGCCUGUUGAGAUAGUAGAUACUCAACUGCGAAAACUUCGUACUAAGGAGAUUCCUAUGGUUAAAGUGCUAUCGAGAAAUCAUUCUGUGGAGGAGUGUACGUGGGAGACGGAGGCGGAUAUGCGUCAGCGAUAUCCUUACCUAUUUUUACAAGAUUGGUAUUUGUAUAUGCGUUUUGGAUCGAAAAAGGGGUAUAGCUCGACAGAAAUUGGCCCGGGAACGGAGUUCCCGUGGCUGUGCGGCACAGCCACUGUCCGUCGCACAGUGACUGUGCGGACGCACAGCUAG